AUGUCGACCCAAGCGCACACCCCGUUACCCCAAGUCGGGAAGCUCGUGAGCGUGGUUCCGGUUGGCUUGAAAGAAGCCGCCCUCGACUCGCCGACCUUCCGCGCCACCACCCAUCAUUUCUGCGACCAGAUCGAGUUCAUUGAGAGAUGGCUUGACGGAUAUGCCAAAGCUGCGACCAAACUCGCCUCCGAGCUGGCGACCUUGGAGAGUGUAGUGAGCAGCUUCCUUUCCUACUCUACGCACCCCUUGGUCGUCUCCGAGGCCGUGGUCGAUCAUGAUCAUACCCUGUUGGCGAUGAGGAGGUGUGGGGAAGGAUCGAGGGACCUAUGGAGUGGACUGGUUACGGCGACGAAGAAGAUGGAAUCCUUGAUCGCCGAGCCCAUUCGAGCUUUCAUGCAUGAGGAUUUGCGCCAUUUUAAGGAAACCCGCCGCGCCCUCGAACACGCACAAAAGUCAUACGAUUAUCUGCAGGCUCGAUAUUCUGCUCAGUCCAAAUCUAAAGAAACCUCGGCAUUGAGAGAAGAAGCAUUUCAGCUGCACGAAGCCCGCAAGAUCUACCUCAAGACGUCCCUGGACUUCUCGGUCCAGGCUCCCCAGAUUCGCAAUGCACUUGACCGACUUCUCGUUCUAGUUUCCUUCGACCAAUGGCGCGAAUUCCGAUCCUUCCACAAUAAUAAUUCGGUGACGUUCUCGAAGUGGGCGGGUGAGAUGGACCGUAUCAAGGGCUGGAUUCAUGAGAUGGAAUCUAGUGACCGGUCCUCCAAGCGGGAGCUUUUGUCUACCAGAAAGCAAAUUGAAGAGGUUGCAGAGGUAGCGGCAAGACCUUCUCGUGAAUUGGAGGAUUACUCCGUCUCGACAGUUCCUUACCUCGGUUCUCGUCCUUUGUCAACGCUGAACAUGGGCAAGGAUGUGCGACCUGAGAAACAAGGAUGGGUAAACUUGCGGACUCUCUCUGGAAAGCCGACUCGGACUGUGUGGGUGAGACGCUGGGCGUUCCUGAAACACGGUAUUUUCGGGUGCCUCGUGCAGGGUGCACGCACUGGCGGUGUCGAAGAAAGUGAGCGAAUUGGAGUAUUACUAUGCAGUGUUCGCCCAGCUUUCCAGGAGGAGCGCCGGUUCUGCUUCCAGGUGAAGACUAAGAACAACAACAUCGUGCUGCAAGCGGAGACCCAGAAGGAGUUGAUGGAGUGGAUCGGUGCUUUUGAGGCUGCCAAACAAAAGGCCCUGGAAAACCCCUCCAGCACCGAAAUCUCGGUUUCUGGAAAAUCCACCGUUCAAGAUCCAGCCUUUUCAAUCUCCCAACCGCCUGCGCCUGAGUUUACGGCCGACCCAUCUGAUUCUUUGACUCCUCAUACCGCUGAUGAACCAAGCGGUAGUGAGCGUAGCUCGACCCUACCUGUCCCAGACCAUGUGCAUGAUGGCAUGGCCCACAGAAAGAGCACCGACGUGAGCGGUCGCAGACUUACUGGCUUGGACGGCGAAGGCUCUACUAGGGAUCACGCCAGAGAGCACACCAAUCGGAUUAUUCAAAAACUGGACCUUCAUCGCAAAUCAAAUAAUGCAGCACCCACAUCUCCCUUAAUCCCGGGUCCUGUGGGUGGAAUUGCUAGCCUUAUUUCGGCCAGCCAUAAUAUCCUCCCCUACCAAGGCACUGCUCCUGUUAAUGUGGCUGACGGCCAAAACAGAGGCCGAAGCUUGAGCAAUCUUGACGAACCUGGAUCGAACUUGGCACCUCCUACGCUUGCAAACCCACCGGCCCCAACAAGUAUGAGUAAGGCUGCAGUGGUUGUCAGCAAUGAAAGAGGCAUUGGUCUGGGGCUCGUCGAUAGCACCGGUGGCAUGCCUAGUGGAAUGAUGGCAAAUCUAUGGGGUAGUUCCAAUUGGGGCUUCAUCAAUAAGCUACAGCGGGAACAAGCUCAAAACGCAAAUAGAGACCAUGAUUCAGCGGAAGAUCGACCCUCGUCGGCAAAGAGUGAUUCGUCGAAACGAACUAUUGCUGCACAGGCAGACCAGCCCGGUGACACGUCGGGUUCCCGGCAGCCAUCUGGUCCACGCCACAGACAAACAGUGAGCCUUGAUGGCGACGCCUCCAAGAUCCAGCGGGCUGCGGUGGGUAUCGUUGAAACCGAGUACCCCGCAGUCUACCCGCAGUCUCUGAAAAUCCAGGAUUCUCAAUUCCGAUUGCUAUUCCCUGAUGUCAAGAGAGAGGAGUCCUUGGUACUGGUUUUCAGGGCAACGUGGAACCCGAAUGACCAGCAGGAGUUCCCUGGCAGAGCAUAUGUUACCACUCAGUACAUCUAUUUCUACAGUCACCAUUUCGGACUGGUGCUGACCACAAGCGUGUCACUGGAUAGCAUCAAAGAAGUGACGGCUGCCCCUGGAAGAGACUGUGACUUCCUUUUCCUGCACACCAUUCCUCCCCUUGGAAGCGACACGCCUGGGCGCAUUACGAUCAAGACUUUCCUUGAGCCCCUUCGACUCCUCCAAAAGCGCUUGAACUAUCUGAUCCAAGGCUCUAUUGCGGUCGAGCCUACGAGCCUGGAGAAUGUCAUCAAGGACUUGAUCAAGUUGGACAGUGGGACACCGAACCGGCCUUCGAGCGCAGACAGCUGGGAGGACCUUUCAUCCGGGCCAAAUGACACAAGAGGCGACACAAACCUCGUCGCUCACGGACAUGGCAAGGAUUUACGGGUCCCUAUCUACAUUGACAAGGAUCUUGAUCUGGAUGGUGGCAAAGGAGGUCGUGGUCAUAAUAUUCCGAAGUUCAGACUUCCCACUCAGCCUGUUGAAUACGUGCCUCAGGGAGAUCUUGUUCUGUCAACCGAGAAGGUACUGGACGUGAGUCCCAAGGCAUUGUUCCAUAUUCUGUUUGGAGACAAGAGUGCUGUUUGGCAGCUUCUGCUGCACGAGCGGCAAGCCAAAGACAUCAAGCAAGGCCCUUGGGCAAGCAAUGAAUCUCGACACCUCAGACGAGACUUCCAUUACAAGAUUGCGACAGCAAGCGCUCUUGGACACUCUCAGGAAAACGACAUUUCGGAUUAUCAAAUCAUUGAUGUUUUGAAUGACCAUUUAUGCUACGUGAUUACGGAUAAGCGCACACCGUGGCAUCUUCCCUUCCGACGAUCAUUCCGGUUGGUGAGCAAGGUCGUGAUUACGUUCCAGGCCAAAUCGAAGAGCAAAUUGGCGAUUUACACCAAAGUCGAGUGGCUUAAGUCUCCACUCGGUCUGAAGAAUGUCAUCGAUAAGAAAGCAAGUGACGACCUCGAGCAAGACGCUUUGGAUUUAGUUGACCUAGUGAGCGAUCAAGUGAGACGUCUCGGAGCACAUAGUCGCACCAAGAAGGCCAUCACUAUUUUUGGCCACGUUGGUCGCCAGAACAACACCUCCCACUUCAACGGAGUCGGGGUCAACUUGAAGAUAGAACCUCGGAAGCCGCGAACCCAGCGAACGAUGCCUCAGCUCAUAAUGGAGAUGGUGCUAUCAUUCCUGGAAAGCACUCUCUCUUUCUUGAUGAUGUCAUCCUUCGAUAUUGUCCGCUGGUCCUGGAAGACCGUGAGCGCCCACAAGGUCAUUUUGGUCUUGUUGUCAUCAAGUGUAUUGAUGAACGGAUUCUACACCUCGCGAGAUACAUGGGACUGGUGGCACGAGAGACACGCAAGUAAUUUCAUGGCUCGACUGGGAGUGCAGCCGAACAUGGUCAUGAGUAAGGCCAUUUACAUUCAAGACAUCGACGAAGCAGUCGCCAACACGACACUCUGGCCCAAUACCGGAAAUGCCAGCAGUUGCUUCAAUGCAUUCCACGAGAACGCAAUGCGUUAUGCAGAACUACCUCUUUCCCUCAGUACUUCCGGCCCUCGAGACGCAGUGGCCAAGAGCGCAACGAAGCGUUUCCAGCAAACACGGGAACGCCUUGGGGCUUACCGGUACAACCUCCUGGUAGCCUUGCGCGUGGUGAACAGCAUCGAGAAGGAAGUCAUCCAGAGUGAAUGGGAACGCUGGCUCCGCGAAGAACUUCGCCGUUGUCGCCAGGUCGAAAUUCUUCUGAGUGGGAAUAGCGAGGAAGGCGAAGCAGGCGCUCGGGCUCAAGCCGAGCGCUUCUUUGCGGAAAAUACCGACAGUGUCAAGGAGUGGUAUGAGAGAUAUUGCACCAGCUGUCAACUGGAGCAGGAGCAGGAUCAUCGAAAUGGGCAUGAGAACCUACUCGUUUGA